AUGGCAACCUCAUACCUGACGGAGUCACUGGCAGGACCAACAAGUGCCCGAGGAUCAUCAUACUCUUACUCCUACGAAUCACACUACGAUAACCCACCGGAGGAGGAAUACGAACACUUUACGAAUGAUGAUGGAGUACAUCAGAUGCAGAAAGUCACCCGAGUCACAAAAGUCACAACAACCCGAUCUGUACGUCAAGUUCCUGUGCAAUCCCCCUACUCGAACAUCGACUUCGAUUCCUCUGGACUUCCCACUCCGUCCCCAGUUAUUGAUAGAGAUCCGAGUUUAGAAAUGAUGGCUAGAAUGGGAAAUGGAACAUCCGGAGGACAUGAUUCAGAGGAUCGAGCAGCUCCACCACCGGCGCCUCAUGGAAGGUUUUCGCAUGAAGACAGCGGAAUCCCAUCUGCCCCUGGUGUACCGGAUGUCGUCGACGCUGGUAUCGGAGAGGUUACUGUAGUUUGGAGUGCACCACUUCAGAAGAAUGGAGGAGAGAUUCGAGGAUAUCAACUCCAGAUGAGAGAGUUACCAGAUGGAGAAUGGGAAGAUAUGGGUGUGGAUCAGUUGAUUAAGGAUACCAGUUGUAGAGGUGAGGAACGAUUUAAAAACUGA